UUAAAAACACACUAAAAAAUACAAAAUUUAUGCGACACACAAAUCCAUACACUUCCGUUUGAGCUUUCUUUAGUUCCCUCCGUUUGGAUCGGAUCUUUCAACUUCUUCAUUAUCAACAAACACAAGCCCGGAAAAGAAAAACAAAAAACAGAACGCCCAAAAAUCCAAAAAUAAUUUUUUUUUUAAAUAAAAAGAAUUAGUCUUGAAUGUUGAUAUGAUAUUCAUUUUUUGGGAACGGAAUUCCAUGCCGUAGGAGGUGUGUUUAUGGCUUGAAGCCUGGAACUUUUGAUUGAUAGUUGAUUUUUUGUUGUUUAAAGUGGUGGUGAUCAAUGGGAAAUGUGACGUCAAGUGUGGCGGCAAAAUUUGCAUUUUUCCCGCCGGACCCACCCACGUACGAUGUAUACUGUGACGAAUUGGAUGGGCGGAUGGUGAUGAGUGGUUUAACGGCGGAUAAAAACGUGGACGUACAUUUACUUCAGACGAAGGGCGGCAAUAAGGUUGUGGCUACGUUCUGGAAGCACCCGACGGGGAGGUUCACCUUAUUGUACUCCCAUGGAAACGCCGCCGAUUUGGGACAGAUGCAGGACCUGUUUAUUGAGCUCAGGGCCCACCUCCGCGUCAAUAUCAUGAGCUACGAUUAUUCAGGAUAUGGAGCAUCCACCGGUAAGCCAUCUGAGUUCAACACAUACUAUGACAUCGAGGCUGUCUAUAGUUGUUUGAAGAAUGAAUAUGGAAUCAAGCAAGAGGAUGUUAUUUUGUAUGGUCAAUCUGUUGGGAGUGGUCCAACACUACACUUGGCUGCUCGUUCACCUAGGUUGAGAGCUGUUGUUCUUCAUAGUGCCAUUCUUUCUGGAAUACGAGUUCUGUACAAUGUCAAGUUGACAUUCUGGUUUGACAUUUUCAAAAACAUAGACAAAAUACGGGAUGUCAAUUGCCCUGUUCUAGUUAUACAUGGCACAAAUGAUGAUAUUGUCGAUUGGUCCCAUGGUAAGCGAUUGUGGGAACUUUCUAAGGAGAAAUAUGAUCCAUUAUGGGUCCAAGGUGGAGGACACUGCAAUCUUGAAACCUUCCCCGAGUACAUUAAGCACUUGCGCAAAUUUGUAAAUGCCAUGGAAAAACACUCCUUUUCAAAACGAAACAAGGCACAACUUAGUACUGCCCCAAGUAUAACAGAAUCCAAGCACAACAAAUGUUUGAGAUUUCCGAAAAGAUAACUGCUUCUUUCUUAUCAGUUUGGAAAAUGCUGCAUUAUACUGCUCUCUUCUUCUUAAUUCAUGUGCCAGUGUAGAAAGGUAUGUACUAUUAUUGAUUGCUUUUGAGUGCUCAACUUGCAGUUCAGCUGGUCAGAUUAUGUGGCAGUAUUUCAUCACGACUUUGAAAUGAUAUGGAGUUAGAAAUUAGCUCAUGUGAUCCAGAUCCUGUUGAGUUGGCAAUUUUCUUGGUCGAGAAUGACAAAAUAUUUCCAUCCAUAAGGCAGCAUUGUUCUUCUACGAAAACUGAAGUUAUCAUUGAACUUUUCUAGUGUCAUGUAUACAAGGAAUGACGAAAUUUGUGUAGGGUAUGACCAUUGCCUACAGAAACAAAAGAUGAAGAUAUCAGUGUCGGUUUAAGGGUCCUUGUCUAUGUCCAUCUUCUUUAAUCAAUAAGUUUUCCUCCCGCGAGAAUAUGUGAAAAUUUAGCUGCACAAAUCAGUUUAAACAAUGUAGAAAAUCUUCUGGACAGUGCUGCCAUUUGAUGCUGACCAAUGACAUGAAUUAUAUGGGCACUUUUUAUAUUUAGCAGAAACAUGUGCAUAUA